ACCUGAUACUCGGUUUUUUCUAGAGUUGACGAGGCUGUUUGAGAGGGAGCCUCGGAAGUGGUACUCUGCCAUGCAGCCCCACCUACUGUCGUGGGAACAUUUCUCAGAUCUCUUUCGUCAAGCAUUCUUACCAACAGACAAUGAGGAGAAGAUCUGGAGAGGGAUUUUAGACAGUGUUCAGGCUUCUGAUGAAUCACUUCCCACCUUUGUCGCUCACCUGGUGACUGAGUUCAAACGACUGAGGCAACCACCAUCUGAGCAAGAACAGAUCGAGGUGAUUUGCCGGCAUGUCUCAGACCAGUAUAGACUGGCCCUCCAUGCGGCCGCACCCACAACUUUAACUGAGCUGCUCCUGACUGCCCAUGAGCUACACGCUGCCUUGGGGCCUAUCUCCCCUAACAGGACUGCCACUUCUGCUCAGCUGGCCCAGCGACCAAACUUGCACUGCUACAAAUGUUUUACCCCCGGGGUCACCACGCGUAACUGUGGGACCUGUAGGAAAACUAGGCAGAGUGGAAACACAGAACCUGGUGGGGGGGCAGCUGCGAGUCCUCAGGCAGAUCAAGAGAACCCAAACGCUCCACAAGACACUAGGGGUGACCCGGGUGCUCGACCGCGUAGGUUUCAGCGGCCCCGGGGUGGAAACCAGAACCUGGAACCGGGGCCCAGCGUACAGAGCACAGGGGGUUCUCACUCCGUUAAUUUGGUGCAGGACAGCCCACGGAAGUCUAAGAACUCCCCUUUGUCGUCAGUGGUAAUGGUUAACCAAGUUUUUCUGAAGGCGACAUUGGAUACGGGUGCGUCCAUUUCAGCAGUCCAUCCAUCCACUCUUCUUAGGUGUGGAAUAAAUGAGGAUAUUGUUCUCCCUUGGACUUUCUCCCCACUUGAGUUGGCUGACUCAAAACAGUGCACUCCUUCGGGUGUUGUGUGGCUGCCCGUGAGCUUGUUGGGUCACUUGUUCACACAUCGCUUUGCUGUGAUUCCAGACCUGUCUUGCCCCAUUCUUUUGGGUACUGAUUUCAUGAUCCAGGCAGAUGUUCAUAUUCAUCCGGCCACAGGUAAUGUUAGGUUGGGAGACAAUGCAAACUACGCACCAGACCUAGGCCUGUUGGAGGGGGAGUUUGGGGACUUGGAAGGUCAUGUAGCUUGCCUGACUUUUAAGGAUACCAAAGUUGAUUUUAUCCCAGUGUUGGAUCAGGCAGCUUUACUUCCGGCAGACAAGGAAAGGCUGGCAAGCCUGUUGCGAGACUUUGAAUAUCUUUUCAGUGGAAAGCUGGGGAAGACCUCAUUAGUUGCACAUAUAAUCGACACAGGAACUGCGAAACCGGUGUGCCUUCCUCCCUAUCGUGCCUCACCCGCUAAAAGAAAGAUUAUCGAAGAGCAGAUUUCUAAAAUGUUGGAGGAUGCCCAUUUCACGUGGUCUCCUGAGUGCCAGCAGUCUUUUGAUCACCUGAAGCUGCGGCUGACUAGGGCACCAGUACUUGUUUUACCUAAUUUUGGGAAGCCUUUUACAGUUCAUACGGAUGCUUGCGAUGUUGGCCUCGGGGCCGCAUUGACCCAGACUGGGGAAGAUGGCUUGGAAAGGGCUGUCGCAUUUGCAAGCCGCACACUUCACAAGUCAGAGCGCCUAUAUUCCACUUCUGAGAAAGAGUGCCUUGGGGUGAUUUGGGCUCUCGAACACUUUCGUCCAUAUGUUGAGGGCUCCUAUGUAACAGUUGUUACGGAUCACAACAGCUUGAGGUGGCUGAUGUCAAGGCCCUCCCCCUCAGGGCGAUUAGCUAGAUGGUGCCUACGACUACAAGACUUUGACUUUGAAGUGGUCCACAGACCAGGCUCUGCAAAUUUGGUUCCAGAUGCCCUUUCGCGGAACCCUGCCUGUGAUCCUACCGAGCCCGUAGACCUGUUGCCAUCAUACGCCACUAUUGGCUCUUUGAACCUCAGACGUCAACCACUGUUAAUAUUGGAGGACAAGCAACAGCUUAAGUCGCUCCAGCAGGGCGACCAGGUAAUCGCAUCGCUGUUCACGGAACUGGAGAGCGGAUCCUGUGUGGACUCAACAGAUUUUUGCAUUCAGGACGGUUUGGUUUACUUCAUGGACAAGAGGGCUUCCUGCCGGCUUCAUCCUCUUAAGGCCCUGCGGUUCUAUGUGCCGGGACUCCUCCGUGGUACUUUACUGAGAUAUUUUCAUGACCACCCGAUGGGGGGCCACCUAGGCAUUACCAAAACCCUUGGGCGCUUACAGAGACGAGUUUAUUGGCCAGGUAUGAGGGGUGAUGUCAAGAGGUAUGUCCAGUCCUGCGUGACCUGCCAGUUGUCCAAGCCAGCCAAUCAGAAGCCUGGAGGCUAUCUGAAACCAGUAGUCGCUACAUAUCCAUGGGAGUUUGCUGGUGUUGAUUUCAUGGGUCCCCUCCCCAGAUCCGGCCGUGGGAAUGAAUAUAUUUUAGUUUUCAUUGACUAUUUCACCAAGUGGGUGGAGAUCUGUCCAGUUCGAGAGGCUACAGCGGCGACUGCGGCCCGCAAGUUUGUCUCUGAGGUGUUUGCGAGACAUGGCGCUCCUGCGCACCUGGUCUCUGACAGAGGUGUUCAGUUUGUGAGUGACUUCUUUGAGGAGGUUGUUGCUGCCAUGGGCUCAGACCACAGGCUGACUACAGCCUACCACCCCCAGUCUAACCAGACGGAACGAGUGAACCGUACUAUUAAGACUGCAAUCCGUGCUUAUGUGGGGCGAAAACACAGAGACUGGGACCUCCACUUGCCGCUGAUAUCCUUUGCGUUGAGAACAGCUCCACACCAGAGUACGGGAGAUACCCCAGCUUUUCUUUUGUAUGGCAGAGACCUCAAUACACCCCUUGAUUUGUGGUUGUCACCAAGCCCUCAAUACAUGGCUGAUUCUGUAGCGGACUACAAGGUGGAGCUCACUUCCGCCCUGAGAGAGGCGUAUGAUCAUGUGAGGGAGUCCCUAGCGGAGAGCCAGUCCACACAGAAAAAAUAUUAUGAUAAGAAUCGGCGUGCCGUCUCGUUCCAGGAGGACCUGGAGUGUUUGCCCCAGCAGUUGGCUGAGACCAAUUUGCAGGAGCAAGAGGCCUGUGUCCCGGAUGAGCAGGACGUAUUUGGCUUUGAUACCCUGUUUACGGAGCCGGACGUCCAUGACCAGUUGGCGGCUGCUCCGACUGUGGGGGCACAGCCUCCCUCAGUUAAUAGUCCUGUGGUCACGCCCCCUCCUAGCAUUGAUUCUUCGGACUGCCAUGACCAUGACAAGGACAAGUGGUUCUGGAAACUAAGGGGCUAUUUAUCCGACUGCAAUGAAGUCGCUCAUAAGAACAGAGUUGAGUUCUGA